AUGAAUUAUAUAACAAGAAAAUUAGAAGAAAAAAUUGGUUUAGACUUAAAUGGUGAUGGUCGAAUUGGAGGACCUGGAAUAACGUCUAAAAUCGAACAAGCUACUCAUGUUGAUUUUAAUCGUGAUGGAAUCGUUGGUGGAUAUAGACCACCACCGGGUGGAGGUCUUAUUGGUAAAAUUGAACGAGCAACACAUAUUGAUUUAAACAGAGAUGGAUAUAUUGGUGGUCGACCUGGAUAUUAUUAUCCUCCACCACCACCAUGUCAUAAGAAGAAACAUUAA